UCUACAAGCUACAAGCGGCUUCAAAGCUAAUGCCACGUGACAUUCGUGCCAGGUCAUGUGAUCGAUUUACAUCCUCCUUGCUGCCGUCAACUUUUCCCUCAGCAAAUCCCAAACAAACGAACAUGGCGGAUUAUGAGGAGCGGCAGAGCCUGCUGGGAGAUGAGGCCGAGGGCAGACAGGCGGCCGGGGGACCGGGCAGACCCCUGUCGGCCAUCUGCGACCCCGGACACCUCCUGCACCGAGUGUUGGUCCUGGUAUUCAUGUGCUUCUUGGGAUUUGGAAGCUACUUCUGUUAUGAUAACCCAGCUGCACUUCAAACUCAAGUCAUCCAGGAUCUGGAUCUGAACACUGCAAAGUUCAUGCAGCUGUAUGCCUGGUACUCCUGGCCCAAUGUGGUUCUCUGCUUCUUCGGGGGGUUCCUGCUCGAUAGGGUUUUUGGCAUCAGGCUGGGAACCAUCAUCUUUUCCCUAUUUGUCUGUGUUGGACAGGUAAUAUUUGCUACUGGAGCUUUGGUGAAUCGCUUCUGGCUCAUGGAAGCUGGACGUUUUAUAUUUGGUAUUGGAGGAGAGUCCCUGGCUGUGGCCCAGAACACCUAUGCAGUGAACUGGUUCAAAGGAAAGGAGCUGAAUCUAGUAUUUGGCCUUCAGCUCAGCAUGGCACGCGUGGGCAGCACAGUAAACAUGAACAUCAUGGGCUGGGUGUACAGCAGAGUCGUCGCCCUCGUUGGCGCUCCUGGACACACCGCACUAGGCGUUUCACUCAUGAUCGCUGGUGUGACCUGCCUGUUUUCACUCACCUGUGCCUUGGUGUUGGGAUUCCUUGACAAAAGAGCAGAGAAGAUCCUCAACAAGGAACAAGGCAAAACAGGCGAAGUGAUCAAGUUGACUGACGUGAAGGACUUCCCAUUAACCCUGUGGCUCAUCUUCCUCAUUUGCGUUUGCUACUAUGUCGCCAUUUUCCCCUUUAUUGGACUGGGACAGGUGUUCUUCAUUGAAAAAUUCAACUUCUCACCAGCUGAAGCCAGAGCCGUCAACAGUAUUGUGUACAUCAUCUCAGCCCCUGCAUCUCCAGUUCUAGGCUUCAUGGUGGAUAGGGUAGGCAAGAACGUGAUUUGGGUAAUGGUUGCCGUGAUCGCCACACUCGCCGCUCACAUGAUGCUGGCCUUUACCUUCUGGAACCCAUGGAUCGCCAUGUCCCUUCUGGGUCUCUCCUACUCCUUACUGGCCUGUGCACUGUGGCCCAUGGUGGCCUUUGUGGUACCAGAGCAUCAGCUGGGGACAGCCUAUGGCUUCAUGCAGUCCAUCCAGAACCUGGGACUGGCUCUCGUUGCCAUGGCAGCAGGAGCUAUCCUAGACAACCGAGGAUACCUGUUUUUAGAAGUGUUUUUCUGCGUCUGCAUCUGCGUUUCACUGAUGGCAGUGGUGACGCUGUACUUUGUGGAUUAUCUUAAAGGAGGACAUUUGAACAUGUCAGCCACAGGCAGAGCCAGACUUCAGAAAGAAGCCACUUCAGAUGCAGAGUGAGUAGUUUUGACCCUUCACAC